AAAGUGGACAAUCACAUAAGCAGAAACGGUCCCCAAUCCUUAACUAAAAACUCUCCUCAUUGGGAAGAGAGAAAUGGAUAACAUACAGCUUCCAUCCAUACCGUCUCAUGACUUGUGAUUAUAUCAUCUCUCUAUCUCUCUGUCUAUACAUAUUCUAUAUUCUAUAUCUAUAUCUCUAUGUAUCUUUCUAUCUAUCUAUCUAUCUAUAUAUACAUGAAAUGCACCCUAAGCUUUAAUCAAUCAAAAUGUCAACCACGGCCUUUGGGAGAGGAGCAAAUUCCAUAAACUCCAUUUUUUUCAAGCAAAUAGGGCGAAAAGCUUACCAUAAGAAAGGCUCUACUGGGGAUGGCAUACGCGAGAGCAUGAAAGUGGAAGGUGAAGAAGCGAAGAAGAUGAGCCAGGAUAAUUAUUAUGAUUAUCAUAAUAAUAACAAUAAUAAUUUCUGGAUUCCUCAUGAAAAGACUGGAAUUUAUUACCCAAAAGGCAAUGAGAAAGUCAUGCAAGAUGUUCCUCCAAAUGCUGAAAAAGACAUGACUCCUGUCAAUUGGUUUUCUUAGUAUAAUCAGUAUGAUUAAUUUAUUAA